AUGUCCGAACUACGAUACACAGCUAAUACUCAAUUAGAACAAUUACACUCGAGAUAUACAGGAACUGGACAUGCUGAUACGACUAAAUAUGAAUGGCUCACACAUCAACACCGAGAUACACUAGCGGCUAUAAUUGGACAUCCACCGUUGUUGGGUUAUGUCAGUAUCGCGGAUGGACAAUGUCAAGCUAGGGAGAAGUAUGAGUUGAUCGAGAAAAUGGUACAGCCAUGCGGAAAACCUCCUGGAAAGACCGACGAAUAG